CAAGUGUUCCACGGGAUGUAUCGGCUGCUAGUUAGUCUCCUGCUGCUGUUCAGGGUCGAGUGCUUGCAGCUGAGCAACUGCAACCACACCGAGGUGACCCUGCUCCGGGACACGGAGCUCUUGACUACGCUUACGCUGAGGAACUGCAGCCUGUCGCACCUGGAGAAUGCCUUCUUCGUGCGUUUUGGACAUCUUCUUCAGAUGGAGUUGCAAUAUAGCGGACUUAAUGAUCUUGAGGACUUUUCUCUGAAUGGACUGGCCAGACUCCAGUCCCUUUCCCUCAGCCACAACAAUCUUAGCACCCUUAGGUCCUGGUCCAGUGAGCCCUUAGGUGCUCUCACCUCUUUGGACCUGAGUUACAACGCAUUCAGGCGACUGAGGUCCCAAGGUUUCGCGCUGUUUCCCCAGCUGCAGCUGCUUGACCUGAGCUCCAAUCAGAUCAGUGAAAUCGAUGAGGAGACCUUUCACGGGCUGUCCCACUUGAAGCAUCUGCAUCUGAAUGGAAAUUUACUGCAGCGCAUCGACGGCAGCUCCUUUCAGGGUCUGCACCGCCUCGCAAGUCUGUCCCUUCAGCAUAACCUAAUAGAGCGCAUAGAACUGGACUCGUUCGAGACUAAUACACACCUUCGGAGUCUUCGCCUGGAUCAGAAUCUUCUUACUAGCCUUCCAUUUCUUAGCCAGCGGGGACUGGCGCGUCUGGUUCACCUGAAUCUGUCAAAUAACCAAGUGAAGAGCUUGGAACCACUGGGAUUUUCCAAGAACUUUGAGCUCCAGAGCCUGGACUUGAGCUACAAUAAAUUGAUAAAUCUUACAAAGGAAGCCUUAUCGGGCCUGGACUCAUUGGAGCGUCUCAACAUCAGCCAUAACUCUGUAGAAUCUGUACAUACAGACAGUCUGGAGACGCUCGUCAGUCUUCUGCAAAUAGACGUGAGCUACAAUCAACUGAGUACGCUCCCAGAGACAUUUUUCAAUGCCAACACCCAGCUGGAGGAGAUUAUGUUUGGUCACAACCUAAUCGGACAGCUGCCGCCACUCGCAUUGGCGCACCAAAGUCACUUGCGGCUCAUUCAGUUCACCGGUAACGCACUUACCGAUGUGGACUUCCUGCAGCGACUGCCUGCAUCUCUGAAUCGCCUCUCCCUCCAUGUCGAUCUCAGCUCGAAUCGCUUAAGAUCCAUCGAUCUGGCCAGUCUGCGCCAGUUCCGGUACCUGAAUUUGGCGGACAACAGUUUCAACUGUGGCUGGUUGAUCGAAAACUUGGUGCGGGAGCUGCCCACCUCCGUGAACUUUGCUCGUCCCUGGUCAGUGCUGAAUGGUUGGAACGACGACUUCAAGAACAUCAAGGGCGUGGACUGCACCGAAGGAGACACCAAUCGUUCCAUUAUAUUGCUGAAUGCCGCAGAGGUUUCGCAGUACAAGACUAGCAAGUGCGAGUGCGCGCAAACCUAUGACGAGGCGAACCCCUCACCGCCCCCUCUUACCUGGCCCAAGAUACCCACGGACCGAUUCGACUCGCGAUCGGUGAUCAUCUGGAUGCUGGCGGCCAUUGCCUUGGCGUUUGCCGGAUUACGUUGGUUGCGACGGUUCGUCGACCGAAAUGAAGGCAGAAAGGGCGGGAUGAAGGCGCUUAAUAAUAUGUACGUCGACAAAGGUGAAUGGCAGCCACAAAGAAACAAUAAUGAGAUCCAUAGUCCCCCCUGAAAAUACGACAAUAUAUUUCAAAAAUAACCAAUUUA